UAGGGAGAGAUUCUCCGAAAUUCGCACGGGUAUCGAUGUAGUAGUGUUUUCGGAUAGCAAACUUGUAUGCGCUAGUGUGUAACAUUUCUUUGAAUAGAAUGUGUAGUGUUUAAACUUCAAGCAUGUUUUAUCGUGUUUAAAGAGUAUGUCCACUAAAGUGAGCGCUACUCUGCCCCUCUGUGCUGGUUCAAUUCAAGGUGUUUAAGGGGUAAAGCGACGACCAUUUGAUAAAAGAUGCUACUUAAAGAGUUCACAUCACUCUUCUUUAAGCACACAAAACCAACUCGAAGUCAUCUUACACCAGAGCUUGUGCUACGGUUGGUAACUGCAGAUUGUUCUCUUUGGUCAGCACCGGCUGAUCAGUCACCAUUUAAAGAUCCCUUCUGGGGCUUUUACUGGCCAGGGGGACAGGCGAUUGCAAGAUAUGUCUUAGAUAACGCAGAUUCCGUAAAAAACUGCAAAAUAUUAGAUGUUGGCUGUGGUUGCGGUGCUGGCGCAUUGGCAGCUGCAAAAGUCAAUGCAAAACUUAUCGUAGCAAAUGACAUAGAUCUUUGUGCCUUAUACGCUACUAAAUUAAAUGCGGAUUUAAAUCAUCUUCAAGUAAAAACAAGCAGUGUCAACCUUAUUGGGAAUGACUGUAAUGAAUUUGAUGCGAUUUUUAUUGGAGAUAUGUUUUAUGAUGAGGAUUUUGCAAAUCUCUUAUUUGAUUGGUUAAUCAAAUUGUCGAAGAAAAAAAUGGUACUUAUCGGAGACCCUGGGCGACAUGGAUUGACAGAUCGGAGAAGAAACCAAAUGCGUUUACUAGCUCAAUACGAAAUGCCCUAAGUUUCAUGUAAAGAAAACAACGGGUUUACACAUACAACAGUAUGGACGUUAAAUACAUAGAAUAAUACUUGGGAAUAACAAUUUGCGAUGAAAAUAUUUAAUGUUCUAGCCGCUCCGCUCACCUUAAAUGAAUUUAAUAAAACAAAAUAUUUGUACAGAAAACUAUAUUUUCUUAAGGCACUAUUACAAUAGUUUUAAACUAAAAUAGACAAAAACGUAUUUUUGUACUAAUUAUGGUGUUUACACUUAAUUCUAAGAACAUUUAAUUUAUAUUCUGUUUUAAGUUAUUUACAUCAAUAAAUCUAUAAUACAACAAUAAUAAUCUUUACUUGUUAAUUAUAUUACACAUAUUAAACAAUAGUUUCAGGAUUUUAAUUUUUAUUAUAAUUAAAACUGCGCAAAAUAAUGUUAAGUAACUAUUCCAUUUCAUACCUAAGUUAGAAAAAACAACUUAUUUAAAGUAACUUGAUAAAACAAUAUAAAGAAAUAGUUAAAAUAUUUCAUAACAUUUUCAGCUUGAGCCAAACCCAUUUAUAAUUCUAUAUUGGCAGGGAUGGAACAUUCUUUAUUCCUAGUAUUAGG